UACAUUUUGGAAGAGUUGACUAAACAAGGUGACAGCACAGGACUACAACUCCCAGAAUGCAAAACGUGACAAUGGCUGCAGGAUUCAUCGACUGCCACUGUCAUAUUUCAGCGGAGGAGUUUGCCGAGGAUGUAGGAGAUGUCAUUAAAAGAGCUAAAGAGGCAGGAGUGAAGGCACUUGUUUCAGUUACAGAACAUGCUGAUGAAUUUGAAAAAGUAAUCCAGUUGCACACAAGGUAUCCAGAUUUUGUGGUUCCAUGCUUUGGGAUUCACCCUGUUCAAGGCUGUGCUCCCCAGCUGCAGCAGCACAGUGUGACAAUGCAGGAUCUGGAACCUGCCCUGCCUUUCUUUAAGUACAAAGAUGAAAUAGCUGCAGUUGGUGAGAUUGGUCUUGACUUUACACCUUGGUAUGCACCUCAUUCUGAACAGCGUGAUGAACAACAGAGAGUUUUCAGAUCACAAUUGGAUAUUGCCAAGCAGCUUGGUUUGCCAGUAAAUGUGCACUCCCGUUCAGCAGGAAGACAGACCAUUACCGCUCUUAAAGAGCAAGAGCACAGCCUCCACUGCAGAUUUGCUUCCUCCUCUGAAGGAAUUAGAGGAAUUCAGCAUGCCUUGUUACAUAACUUUGCUGGGAAGCCUUCGGUUGCUAUGGAGGGAGUACAGGCUGGCUAUUUCUUCUCCUUCCCUCCUGCUGUCUCUAAAAAUGAGCAGCGUGUUAAACUGGUUAAACAAAUUCCACUGGAACACAUUUGCCUAGAAACAGAUUCACCAGCUCUUGGACUAGACAAAGAGGUACGAAAUGAACCAAAGAACAUCACCAUUUCUUGCGAGUACAUUGCUAAAGUGAAAGGUGUUACACCAGAGAGAGUUGCUGAAAUUACAACUCAGAAUGCUCUAAAACUGUUUCCUAGAAUUCACAGAACUGUGAAAUGCCUACAAGAAGCCUUGUGAUCUAUUACUUGUGUGAAGGAGCAUGGAAAAAGGAUGGAUUGAAUGCAAAUCAUUAAAAACACCAAAGUACCAAAAGGCCUUUUUAAAUCCUUCUUUUACCAUUUUCCUCUUUCCAUCAACAAAAAAAGGCACACUUUGAGGACACGGCACCUGUUUGCUGAAGGGAUCAUUUUGCACAGUUACUAGGGACAAAACUCAACAAGCAGAAAAUAGUACAUCAGGUUAAAGUACACAUGAAGAGAAAACAGAAUCAACAUAAAGCGUUGUGAAAAUAAAAAGACAGAUAUCAUAAUGUAUUGCAGUAAUUAAAUAUCUAUAUGUCUGUAUGUGUUGUGAAGAUGUGAGUGAGUAUAGGCAUCUAAAAUUGUACAGAAAAUGUAUCAUGCAAGCCUAGACUACAAAGUAAUGUAGCAACAUAGUUUGGAUUGUGUCCUUAGUAAAUUGUAUCAGUGUUUUUCCUUAUUUGCUAAUAUGUCAUGCACUAUUUGAGAAGCGGGCUUCAACUCCUCUAGCAAAAUCUAAUGGGACUUCAAUUAGACGUGACCUGGCUAACAUAAUGUGAGAUUUCAGGGUUCAGGAUGCCUACUGUUUUGAGAUAAUGAAUUCCUCAUAUUUGGUAUGUGGGGUGAGGUUACUUUAACCUGAGUAAAACAGAGCUGCAGUUUUAAUAUUUGGUACAUAGUCGUAUUCUGUGAUUCUCAGUUAAGUUCCAUUGCCAGUGUUGCCCAGUAAUAAUUAACAUGUAUGUAACAAAAUAGCAACAAGCUAACAAGCAAUUGUGAGUCUUGAGAGUUUGAACAGGAAUGCAGCAAUUCAUGUGUAAUGUAUUUAAACUUGAAUUAUUGUAUUUGUUAUCAAUAAUGUAUUUAAAACAUGCAUUUGCAUAUCAAGGAUUUAUUUUUGUAUUAAUAAACAAAAAUAGGUAUAACCUAUACACGGGAUAAUCUGGAUGUACUCUAUCAAACCAAAUGCAAAUUGAACCAACUGCUAUUGCUGUGUUAAUAAGGAGGCUGUGUGGUCCAGUGGUUAAAGAAAACGGCUUGUAACCAGGCGGUCCCCGGUUCCAAUCCUGGCUCAUUCACUGACUCACUGUGUGUGACCCUGAGCAAGUCACUUAACCUCCUUGUGCUCCGUCUUUUGGGUGAGAUGUUGUUGUAAGUGACUCUGCAGCUGAUGCAUACCAUAGUUCACACACCCGUUUCUGUAAGUCGCCUUGGAUAAAGGCGUCUGCUAAAUAAACAAAUAAUAAAAUACAGCCGUGCCUAAUACAUAAAGGAAGAUGCUAUUGACAAGAAUGUUAUUGACACACAUUUCAAAAGGCAAAAAAUGCAGGUAAAACAUAAUCUUGUUAAUAGCAGCUUUUAUGUGUAUAGCCAUUUCUAUAAACGGGCUAGUGUCAAUUCAAAAUCAUCUGUAUUAUACACCAAAUAAAAUGUUUUACGUUUUGACGUAGUUGGAUAUUUAUUUAUUUUGUAAUAUUUUUUUGUUUUCGUUAAUCACCUGCUAUCUUUAGAUGUCUAGUCCUCCCUUUGAUUAUAGUGGAUUGAAUACCUAGGCAGGGUUCUCAACUAAGCACCAUUUUACACUUGUUACCCAACAGAUGCAAAUAAACUUGUUGCAUCCUAUUACAGUUGUAUUCUAUUAGUAUUAUUGCACUUACUUCAAACUAUACUGUGUUUAAAUAUUAAUCUGGCAUUGUAACACUGUACUACCCUGGAUAAAGGUGGCUGUCAAAUAAAUAAAUAAUAAUAAUAAAAGAUGCAUGCAGUUUUUUUGUUCUUAUCCACAGUGUC